GUAUCUUCAUCAUCAAUCUUGGUAAAACUUGGGAGAAACUUCAGCUAGCGGCUAGGGUCAUUGUUGCCAUUGAGAAUCCUCAGGAUAUUAUUGUCCAAUCUGCAAGGCCAUAUGGUCAGAGAGCUGUCUUGAAGUUUGCUCAGUACACUGGUGCUCAUGCUAUAGCUGGAAGGCAUACCCCUGGAACCUUCACCAAUCAGCUUCAGACAUCCUUUAGUGAGCCACGUCUUCUCAUCCUCACUGAUCCUAGAACCGAUCAUCAGCCUAUCAAGGAAUCUGCUCUGGGAAAUAUUCCAACAAUUGCUUUCUGUGACACUGAUUCUCCAAUGCGAUAUGUUGAUAUUGGAAUUCCUGCAAACAACAAAGGCAAGCUCAGUAUAGGCUGCCUCUACUGGUUGUUGGCUAGGAUGGUUCUGCAGAUGCGUGGCACUAUUGCUCCCGGGCGUCAAUGGGAGGUGAUGGUUGAUCUAUUUUUCUACAGGGAUCCUGAGGAAGCUAAAGAACAGGAAGAAGAGGCUCCAGUGGCUCCUGAAUUUGGUGCAGUUGCUGAGUACACUGAUGUGGUACCCACUGAUCGGUGGGCUGCUGAACGGUGGGUGCCUGACGUGGGAGCUGCACCUGCUGUUGUUCCUGCAGUGGCUGGGGUUGAGUGGACUGCUGCUCAAGCCCCUGUAGCUGGCGAUGGAUGGGAGGCAUCCGCAGCUCCCCCUGUUGAAGGUGCCGUUCCUCCUGCUGUACCCUCUGGUUGGGAGUCUGCCGCUCCUGCUCCCUCAGGCUGGGAUUAACUGCAAGCUAAUUGCAGUUGCAAGUUCCUCACUUCUGGCAAUUAAUAUUAGAUCCUUUUAAGAAGUUUUAGUUGGCUGUUAGUCUUUGGCCAACUAUGACCUAUCUAUCUUGCCAGCAGGGGUGUUUUUUUUUAAUUUAUUUAUAAAAAUCUUGAAACAGUAAAAUUUGGAGCUUCAGAGCGAAUAGUUUUGAUGUCCAUGGUGUUUUGGACAAAUAUUAUUUGUGCAUUUUUGUUUUCAUUUGUUUUGAUGUGCUUUAAAUGUAGCAAGAGUUACAAAGGAAUUAAAUGGAAAGCAACAGUGACACAUGGUCCGAGA